GUUUCUUGGCAGCCAGUUGCCUUUUCCCUAUACUUUACUUUCAUGGCUCAACUUCUAGAGGGCGUUGCAUUAGCGCGCCAAACCAGGGAAAUUUUACGCGAACGCGUUUCUUCCAUCCAAAAAACAUGCCCUACGUUCCAACCUGUCUUAAAGAUCGUUCAAGUAGGCGCACGUGAGGAUUCCAGCGUAUAUGUUCGAAUGAAAACACGUGCUGCUGCAGAGACUGGCAUUAACUGUGAACAUAUCAAUUAUCCUCAGCAUAUCUCUGAAUACGAAUUGUUAUUGGCUUUAAAACGAUUUAACGACGACCCUUCUGUCCAUGGAAUCAUCGUCCAAUUACCCCUACCUUCUCAUUUGGACGAGCGUCGCAUCACAGAGUCUGUCAGUGUCGAGAAAGACGUUGAUGGUUUCUGUGAAGGGAAUCUGGGUAAACUGGCCAAGCGCGGUAGCGAACCUCUCUUUGUAGCUUGUACACCCAAAGGUGUCAUGAAGAUUCUAAAACACUACAACAUCUCCGUCGCUGGAAAGCAUGCCGUUGUCAUUGGUCGUAGUAACAUUGUUGGUUUGCCCAUGAGCUUGCUUUUGGAAAAGGCCAAUGCUACCGUUACUAUGUGUCAUUCGAAGACAAAGGCUAUUCCAGAGAUUGUGAAAACUGCUGAUAUUGUCGUUUCGGCUGUUGGUUCUGCUCAUUUUGUGAGAGCUGAUUGGUUCAAGGAAGGCGCUGUUGCAAUUGAUGUUGGAAUUAACUAUAUCCCUGAUUCCUCCAAGAAGUCUGGUUAUCGCAUGACUGGUGAUAUUGAUUUUGAAAAUGCUAAAGAAGUCGUUAGCGCCAUUACCCCGGUCCCUGGAUCUGUGGGUCCCAUGACCGUUGCCAUGUUGAUGCAGAAUGUUGUGGAUUCGGCCAUCCGUUGUAAAGAAUUGGCUCGCAAACGUAUGCCCUCUCUUUUGCCUUUGAAAAUUCAAACUCCUGUUCCCAGUGAUAUCGAUAUUGCUCGAUCUCAAACUCCUAAAUUCAUUGGUGACUUGGCUUCCGAAAUUGGUAUUUCCAAAAAUGAAUUAGAAUGCUAUGGUGCUUAUAAAGCUAAAGUGAGUUUGGACUUAUUGAAACGUUUGAGCCAUCGUCGUGACGGUCAUUAUGUUGUUGUCACCGGUAUCACUCCUACCCCUUUUGGUGAGGGUAAAAGUACCCUCACUGCUGGCCUCGUCCAGGCUCUUUCCAAUUUGGAUAAGCUUGCUAUUGCUUGCGUUCGUCAACCUUCUCAAGGCCCCACUUUUGGCAUCAAGGGUGGUGCUGCUGGCGGUGGUUAUUCUCAGUUCUUUCCUAUGGAGGACUUUAAUCUUCAUCUGACCGGUGAUAUACAUGCCAUUACUGCGGCCACUAAUUUGCUUGCUGCUGCUAUUGAUACUCGAAUCUUUCACGAAAAUACACAAAGCGAUGCUGCUUUGUUCAAACGAUUAACCACUGUAAAAGGCAACAAAACCGAAUUUGCACCUGUUAUGUUCCGUCGUCUUGAAAAACUUGGCAUCAGUAAGGAAAACCCUGAAGAAUUGACGGACGGAGAAAAGUCCCGAUUUGCUAGAUUAGACAUUGAUCCUUCAACUAUUUCUUGGAACCGUACCUUGGAUACUAAUGAUAGAUUCCUUCGAAAAAUUACUAUUGGUGAAAAUUCCACUGAGAAGGGAUUUACUCGCCAAACUGGCUUUGACUUAUCCGUUGCUAGUGAGUGUAUGUCGGUAUUGGCUUUGGCUACUGACUUAAAGGAUAUGCGCGAACGGUUAGGUAAAAUGGUUGUUGCUAGUAAUAAACAAGGUGAUCCUGUUACAGCUGAUGAUUUAGGUGUUGGUGGUGCCCUUGUGGUAUUGCUAAAGGAUGCCAUUAAGCCAACCUUAAUGCAAACCCUUGAGGGUACACCAGCUCUUGUUCACGCCGGUCCUUUUGCAAACAUUAGUAUUGGCGCUUCCUCUAUCAUUGCGGAUAAGAUUGCUCUAAAGUUAGCAGGUACAGAGCCAGAUGAAGAUGAAACUAAGGAUGCUGGCUAUGUGGUCACUGAGGCAGGAUUUGCCUCUGAUAUUGGCAUGGAAAAAUUUAUAAACAUUAAGUGCCGUACUUCUGGUCAUAAACCCGAUGCUGUUGUUAUUGUUGCAACUGUACAAGCCCUAAAGCUUCACGGUGGUGGACCUCCUGUUGGUCCUGGCAAGCCUAUUCCUGAAGUGUACAAGAAUGAAGACGUUGAACUUGUACGAAAAGGUUGUUCUAACCUCGCUAAACAUAUUAGCAAUUCUCGUAAAUAUGGCCUUCCUGUUGUGGUCGCGAUCAACAAGUUUGCAUCCGAUUCUGACAGUGAGAUUUUUGCCAUUCGUGAAGAGGCUCUUCGUGCUGGAGCUACUGACGCCGUUAUAUCUAAUCACUGGGCUGAAGGAGGAAAUGGUGCUCUGAACGUUGCUCGUGCCUUAAUUCAUGCCUGUGAGAAUGAAAAGGCUGAUUUUCGAUUUUUGUACGACUUAAACUUGCCAAUUGAAAAGAAAAUUGAAAUAAUUGCUAAGGAAAUGUAUGGGGCUGAUGGAAUAGAAUUGAGUCCUCUGGCACGUGAAAAAUUGGAACGUUUCACUGAGCAAGGAUAUAAAGACUUACCUAUCUGCAUCGCCAAAACACAAUACAGUUUGUCAGCCGAUCCCGAACUUAAGGGCGUUCCCAAUAAUUUUACCGUACCCAUCCGUGAUAUGCGCUUAAGUGCAGGUGCUGGUUUCAUCUAUCCUUUAGCAGCUGCUAUAUCAACUAUUCCUGGUUUGCCUACCAAGCCUGCUUACUACAACAUUGAUUUGGAUGAGGAUGGUAAUAUACUUGGUUUGUCAUAAAGAGGAUUGCAUGGUCCCGACUAGAAUUGAGUCCAAAAAUGCACUUCUUGAAAGGUAAGGAGUUUUUCAUUAAACUCAGAUUGCUGUUAAACUUUUGUUUCACUCUUUAAUUGUUCAACCAAUUAAUUUUUUAGUUUUUGAAAUUUAAUAAUACCUUAAUAUAAUGCCGGAUUCGCUCCACCAUAUUUGCUGAAGCCUACUGACGAGACUGUAUAUCAGAUGGUUGGUUGUCUUGAAGCAUAAUAGUUUUGAGAACUCUCCAAGAUAUCUUGACUUUAGGAUUCAUUAAUAAUGCAUACUCUUCUUUCUUUUUUAAUAAAUUUAGAAAAUUUUUGAAUGUCGAUAUCAUGAUUUCUCAUAUCUCAAUGUGCUACAAGAGCUAAAGUAUUACCUUUGUUUCUUUGUAGUAAUAUGGAAAAGAUCUGAUGCAAGAUUCAACCAAUCUUAUAUAAAAAUAGAAGUUCGUAUACUAAAGCAUCAUAGAUAAAAAAAACUUAGAUACUA